CGCCUUUGUUGUCAGGCGAUAGCAAGGCAACUGUUACCCAUCGAGCGAACGAACUAAGUCAGCGAUAUAUGAGGAAAAUCGUUGUGUGAAAUGAUUGGUAUGACGUUUUGACGCAUCUGGACCAUCCCGAAAGUGGGACCAGGGGCAAAUUAAGCCGAGGAACUCGCCACAGAAGAGGAAGACUGACAUAACAACAAGAGUACACAUGUCGUCUGCAGCAGAGUCGGUGGAAAAUGCCUCUAUUAUUUCAGAGAGCAUGGCCCAUGAUGGCAAUCGCUUGUGGAUAGGAAACAUCGACCCCAAAAUUACAGAGUAUCACCUGGUGAAGUUGUUGGAGAAGUUUGGCAAAGUGAAACAGUUUGACUUCCUGUUUCAUAAAUCAGGGCCUUUGGAAGGACAACCACGUGGCUACUGCUUUGUCAACUUCAGCACCAGAGAGGAGGCAGAGCGGGCGAUCCAGUGUUUAAAUGGGAAGCUAGCUUUGUCCAAAAAGCUGGUUGUGCGCUGGGCGCACGCACAGGUGAGGAGGUUUGAAGGUUUCCGUAAUGACAAGACGAUGCCCCCGAGCCUGGAGCCGUCGUGCAGCGGUUCAGCGGAGGAAGGAACCAUAGCAAACAACCACCUCAGCACGAGUGCUAAAAUCCGCGCCAUCGAGGCCAAGCUCCAGAUGAUGGAGGAGAAUCCAGACGACGACAGCUACUCGGGCCCGUCGGCCUACGUUUACAACAAACCGCCGGAGAGGAAGCGUUGGGAGCCCUACUCUAAAUCGCACCACAAUAACCAGAGCAGGCCCUUCCGCAAGUUUAGGAGAUGACCCAUCCUCCCACUUACUCUGGAGAACCCCUUCACCCCCCCCAUUAUCUAAACCUCAGCCGCCCACCUCCACACAAAUGUCUCCAAACUAGAUUCUAUACAGACAAUCCUAAAUGGGAAGGAUAGAUUUUGAAGCUGAACCAGGUGAACUACUGUUGGGGACUAAACACAGGGAUCAUGGACAUAUACCAACAGUGUUUUUUUUUUUUUGUUUGUUUUUUUUUUUAAAUUCUCAUCAGUUAUUAUUUAGGUGGUUUUAUGAUCCGUACCUGCUACUGUGCAGGUUGGAUCCUUCAUCAAUCUGAUUGGUCACUUUUGCUGGCAAAUCACAAGGACUGCGAGUCACAUGCUGCACAGUCCCUGCAAGAAAGAGAAUUGUUAAUGCGGUUACUUCGGAUUAUUUAAUUAAGAAAUUUGCUGUUUAUUAAGGGCCUGGCUUUUUAGUUUGGCUUUAUUUGAGAAUACAUUUGUAUUCGUGGAGUUCAAAUAAUAAGCUAAUCAGCCAUACUUGCAGUGUUUGUGUGUGGUUCUUUGUUGUUGUUUUUUUUUCCCCCACCUAAUGGCUUCCAUUUUUUCUUGAGUCCUGUUUUUAUAUGACUGUUUUUACUGACCUUUGUGUAGUGUGUAGGUUUUUGGUAUUUCAGCGACCCAAGUCAGUUUAUUUUUUCAAUUAAAAGUGUAUCAUCACAUCUCACUUUUUUUUAUAUAACAUUAAUAUUAUAAAGUUAUGUUGCUGUUAAAAAAAUAAUUCAGUUUCAUGAGUCCCCAGUAAGUUCAGUGUCAUUUGGAUUUUAACCCUUUAAACCAUUAACUCAAUUCUUAAGCCAUUAAUUUAACCGUCUUGGUUGAGAGCCUUAGUUACUGAUUUAUUAUAAAUGUGCUGAUUAGACUCAAUAAAGGCUGAUCUACCAAUAACCACCGUAGAUCCAAAACUGGACCCUGUAAUAUCACUUUCUUUUUAUGAAACCAGAUUUUUGUUCAUUUGAUCAACACUUAAAAAAAAUAUAUAUAUUAUUUUAUGGAGUCUACCGGAAGUCCCUGUAAAUAACUACUGUUUUUGCAGGCCUUUUGUAUACGGGUUUAACGCGGGCACGUUUAAAGCUUCUCACUUAUUACUGUGCGCUUUCACGUCAGAUGAAUUGUUCUGUCCUGCAGGUGUGACCGUCCGUUUUAUAAAAACGCAAAGGACUUGUUCGCUUGGAGAAGAAUUAUUUCGCAAACCAAAGCACAAACCAAGUUCCCCCCUCAGAUUUAACUGGUAAUACUGGCCCACAACCGUGCAGCAGCGAUGGAGAUCAGCAGACGGAAUGGCACAAUUUCUUUUUUUGCGCACCGACGAACCAAAUCCUACCUCUUGACAUCUUCCAGACCGCUAUUUUUUGUUUGUUGUCCCAGAUCAUUCAGCCGAUUGUAGAAUAUUUCCUAAGUGUCCAUUUGGAGCAGAUUUCUUUUUUUGAAUGUGUGUGUAUUUAUCUGUUUUCAAUAAAAAAAGAAAGGCC